AUGAAGGUUUCUGAGACAAGCGAUGGCGUUCCAACGUACUGGGGAUUGUCCGGCCGACGACUCCAGAUGAUGAUCACUGCUGUUGCUACUACCGAUUUCCUGCUGUUCGGCUACGACCAAGGUGUCAUGUCUGGCAUCAUUGGAGCCGAGCCAUUCCUGAACGACUUUCCGGAAGUUCGAGGGAACAGCAACUACGAAGGCUUUGUGGUUUCUAUCUACGCAGUCGGAUGCCUCCUUGGGGCAAUCUUGAUACUCUCGUUUGGCGACUCUCUCGGGCGCAGGAACUCGAUUUUCUUGGGCGCUUUCACCAUGAUCAUUGGUGUGAUUAUCCAGAUUGCUUGCGUACCUCCGAACGGUGGAGCCACCGCCCAGUUCAUCAUCGGACGGGCAAUAACAGGAAUUGGCAAUGGAAUCAACACUUCCACCGUCCCAACAUAUCAAGCAGAAUGCAGCAAGAGCCACAACCGCGGCAAGCUCAUCUGCAUCGAAGGUGGCACUGUCGCUGUUGGCACAAUGAUUGCGUACUGGAUCGACUUUGGCGCUCUCUACGGGCCCGACGAGUUCACCUGGAGAUUUCCCAUCGCUUUCCAAAUAUUCUUCGCAUCCAUCGUCAUCAUCAUUAUGCUCCGACUGCCAGAAAGCCCCCGCUGGCUGCUCACAAAGGACAGACACGAGGACGCCGCUACCGUGCUGGCUGCGCUAGAGGGCAAGUCUCGCGACAGCGAGCCCGUGCUGCUUCAAGCUGCGGUCAUCAACGAGGGUAUCAAAGCUUCCGGACACGCUGGUGGUGUCACUCCAUACUCCGCGCUAUUCACGAACGGCCCAACUCAGAACUUCCGACGAAUGCUUUUGGGCGUGUCAUCGCAGAUGAUGCAGCAACUUGGAGGCUGCAACGCCGUCAUCUACUACUUCCCCAUUUUGUUCCAGGACUCCAUCGGGACAUCUCACAAUCUGGCUCUCCUCCUCGGCGGUGUGAACAUGAUCAUCUACUCGAUUUUCGCCAUGACAUCCAUGUACUUCGUUGAGCGUAUCGGACGCCGCAAGCUAUUCUUGAUCGGAACAGUCGGACAGUGCUUGUCGAUGGUGCUGGUGUUCGGAGCUUUGAUCCCCGGAACGGAGCAGGCGGCCAAGGGAGCAGCAGUCGGUCUGUUCACGUACAUUGGAUUCUUCGGUGCGACAUGGCUACCGCUGCCGUGGUUGUACCCAGCCGAAAUCAACCCUUUGAAGACGAGAGCGAAGGCAAACGCCGUCUCCACUGUCUCGAACUGGCUCUGGAACUUCUUCAUCGUCAUGAUCACUCCGGUCCUGCUCAACUCGAUCUCAUGGGGCACAUACCUCUUUUUCGCCGCCCUGAAUGCAUGCUUUUUCCCGAUUAUCUACUUCUUUUAUCCAGAGACUGCGGGACGAACUCUGGAAGAAAUCGACAUGAUAUUCGCCAAGGGCCAUGCCGAGGACAUGAGCUACGUCAAGGCGGCGCAACAGCUGCCGAAGCUGACAGAGGCUGAGCUGAAGGCAAGGGCGAGGGAAAUCAGGGCGGAUGCCAUGGAUGAGGAGGCAAAGAUUGACAGCGGCAGUGGAGACAGUGACAAGGACGACAAAUCGGAGAAAAGCAACGCAUGA